AUGUUCAGUAGAAUUAAAUCAAAGAUUUUCUCUAUUUCUUCUGGUAGAUCAUCACCAUCCUCAAUGCAAACUCCAAAUAAUAAUGACCUCCAGCUUGGACUCAAAACCCUAAUUCACACACAACCAGAAUCAUCACAUCUUCAAAGCCCUAGGCCUGCCAUUGCAAACAAUCAUGACCAGAAAAUUCUCCAUUCCCAUUCCCAUUCCCAUUCCCACAGCAGGAUUUUGAACCAUUCAUCAUCAUCAUCAUCUCUAUCGCCAUCGGAGCAGCCACUGGAUGACAUAAUAAUAGGGUCGGACAGCGGCGUACACUACAUACUCACUGACGACUCCGACUGUGAAGAGAUGAGUAAUCGGAAUCUCCAUGUGCGGAGUACUAAUCGACGACGGAAGCGCACCGCGAACAAGGAGCACCGUCAUUAUCCUCCGCCGAUACCUAUGGUGGCGGCACGGACAGGGAAUUUGGGUGGCGGUGCAAUGCCGCCGUGGGUUUUGAGUCGACAUAACAAGGACGGAAGACUCAUCCUCAAAGGACACAGGGCGCAACACCACCAGUACCUUGAGUGCCACCGUGAGAACGGCCGCCUGAUAGUAAAUCUCGUCACCAUUGAUCAAGAUACCGGAGGUAGUAAUACUAAUACUACUACUAAUGAUGAUGAUGAUGAUGAUGAUGAUGAUGAGAAAGAAAACCAUGAGUUUGAGUUUGAAGAUUUAGCGGUAGUAGAAGAAGAAAAUCAUGAUGAUCAUCCGUGGAUAGAAUCUCAAUCUGAUCAUGAGCUUGAGCUUAAUAAUACUAGUAUUCGUGACCGUGUUUGGUCAUCAAUAUCUGAUGAAUUAUCAUAUUUGGAGAUUGAUGAGCUUUCGAUAAAUCCCCGUGGGAUGUUAAUGGCGGAUUCGAUGAGUUUGGGGUGCAACAACACCAACAUCAACAUUAACAUUAUUCACGAAAGCCAUCAUCUCUACUUAUCACAGUCGCCCGGUUCUUCUUCGUCUCCGCUCCGCCCUAUGACUAGUGUCAUCAACUAAUAAUAAAUUAUUAGUGGUAUAUAUUUGUAUUAGUUUUUAAUUAGUUUUAAAAACUAAGAGGAAAUUAAUUAAUUAAUUAGAGUAGUAGUAACUACU